AUGGCCGCAGCAGUUGCAGGAAAUGUCGUCGCUCCCGUACCAGACGAGAACACACCCCCAAAUGGUGCGGAAGCUGGGCUAAAAGGCGAUGAAGAGGUCACAGUUUUCCAUGACCCAAACAAUUUCAACGUGAAGCAUCCUCUGAUGAACGAGUGGACACUAUGGUUUACAAAGCCUUCAAGUGGCAAGGGCGAUAACUGGAAUGAUCUCCUAAAAGAAGUCGUAACAUUUAAUUCCGUUGAAGAGUUUUGGGGUAUCUACAACAACAUCACACCAACUUCAGAGCUCGGUUUGAAAGCGGAUUAUCACCUUUUCAAAAAAGGUAUUCGACCAGAAUGGGAAGAUCAACAUAACAAGCAUGGCGGAAAAUGGUCGUUUCAAUUCAAAGAUAAGCGUAGCGUUCCUAUUGACGAGCUCUGGCUCCACUCUCAGCUCGCCGCCAUCGGUGAGACUCUCGAAAACGAUGGUGAUAACGAAGUGAUGGGUGUUGUGGUCAAUGUGCGCAAAGGAUUCUACCGUAUCGGUCUCUGGACAAGAACCACUGGAAAGCCUCUACCGGCUUCUGAUAAACGCACUGUCGACAAAAGCGAGGAGAUUUUGAAAGCAAUCGGUAGAAGGUUCAAGGAGGUUCUGAGGUUGAAGGAUACAGAUCAGUUAGAAUUUUCUGGCCAUACCGAAAGCGCUACUGCAGGAAGCACCAGAGCUAAGGCGAAGUUUGUGGUUUGA